AUGGGCUCUCACAUUCUAGACCUCUCAAAUGUCAACAUCGCUCUCCUACGGCUCCUUCCGGGGAAGCCCGGUGACGAGAUUGUAUGCGACGUUAGGACGGUGCCUUUAAAGAGUGAUCCGGUAUACGAAACACUCUCAUACGUAUGGGGUGAUCAGUCAAAUACUCGCCAAAUCACAUGCGAUGGAUCACCAAGAGUCAUUACCGAAAGUCUUCACCUUGCGCUCUCACGAUUGCGUCUGCGCGACAAGCCAAGGACAAUGUGGAUUGAUCAACUUUGCAUCGACCAAACCAAUGACGUCGAAAAGUCUCUCCAAGUCAGCGUCAUGCGUGAUAUCUACAGAAAAGCAUCGCGCGGCCUGAUCUGGCUGGGCGAGCUUCCGACCGAAGAGCAGACAGGCUUCCCAGAAACUCAUGUAGCCCUCGUUUUCCAGUGCUUGACGGAAAUGAUCACCGAUUUGCCCAACGCCGGGUCGUCGGCCGAGGGGGUGCGGGCACGGGAUCUCGGCGAAGUCAUCCUUGCACUUAUGGGCUCUCAAUGGGCGAAAUGGCAAGGCGUCAAAUGGUGGCAACGCAUCUGGACAAUUCAAGAAGCAAAGCUACCGAAAGAAUCCGACCUCAUGUGGGGAGGCUACACUCUAUCCUUUGACAUCUUGAAGAGAGUCGCCGUUGGCCUGGUUAUGGUUGACUCGGGCGUGGGCCAACGGUUUGAACAAUGCUUUGCUCUUGGUCCGCUGUCCAACGAGUUCUGUAUCCCACUUAUGAACCUUCAGAUCAACGACCCGGCGCCGAUAUUAGGACCGCUGUACCGCUGGCGUUCUCGCGAUGCGACGAAUCCUUUGGACAAGACCUAUGCGUUGAUGGGGUUGCUUCCAGAGGGCGCUUUCAAGAGCGUGCCCUUUUGCGACUAUACCAUUUCCGAGACUGAGUUGUAUACUCGAGUGACUUUCGACCUCAUCCGACAUCAUCAAGGCUUUCUCCCAGUAUGUGGCCGUCGCGGUGAGCCUCGAAUGACUCCUGGGCUGCCGUCUUGGGUCGUUGACUGGACAUUCGCCGAUGAUCCGACACAAAGAACAACAGAUUACUUUGGUCAUUGUUGGAGAUACAAUUUUUUCAAAUGCUCAGGUGGAAAGUAUGUUGAGCCUGAAAUGACGCCGGAUGGCACUGGCCUGGUUCUUCAGGGCGCCCAGGUGGACAGGAUUGCGGUGCUCGGGUCUGUCAAUUAUCUCCUUGACUACCGACAACUCAGCACUGGGGAAUACGACGAACACACUCUACACACCAUCAGUUUAUGGUCCUCGGUAUUCUACGACUGGCUAGGGGACCGGUCGAUAGACGAGCCGUACAUCGGUAACAAAGACAUGACAUGUCUUGAAGCCAUCUGCCGCGUCCUAAUUGGCGACCUCGUCUACAAUGGCUCCGAACCAGAUCAUCAGGCGUCGGAAGAAGAUGUAGCGAGAGUUCAGAACUAUGCCCGCGGCUGUUGGGAUCCUCAAAUUGCUGAGAGUGCACGGGAUAUGGCGAGGAGUCAGGCAUUCUUCAUUACAGAGUCUGGGUACUUUGGUAUUGGACCUCCAGAUGCAAAUAUUGGUGAUGAGGUUUGGGUGUUGCUGUGCGGCAAGGUUCCACAUGUCAUACGAAGAAGUAGUGAGAAAAGCUUGGAGUUUGAGUAUGUCGGGGAUGCAUAUGUCCAGGGCAUAAUGGAGGGGGAGGUUAUAACCAAGUCGACCACGGUUAUUGAAGAGAUCACACUUAGAUAG